AGAUAUUCUUCGCGUAUGGGGCCCCACCUCCACCUGUCACUUCCGCAGACAAACUCGAUUCCAAAAGCCACUCCUCACCGCUUCCUCCCCCCAAAACCGAAAAUAACAAUCUCUAAUCCUACGUUCCCAACCCUAGCCUCCAUGGAUAGCGCCUCCUACCCGGACUCCGGUGAUUCCUCCCCUCGAUCCCGCGAGAUCGACUGGGACGAGCCCCCACCUGCCGCCGCCACCGCACCCGCCCGCGUCAAGCUGAUGAUCAGCUAUGGCGGCCGUAUCCAGCCCCGCCCCCACGACAACCAGCUCUCCUACGUCGGCGGCGAGACCAAGAUCCUCACUAUCGACCGCUCCAUCCGCUUCCCCGCCCUCCUCUCCAAGCUCGCAUCCCUCUCCAACAUCGACGACCACCUCUGCUUCAAGUACCAGCUCCCGGGCGAGGACCUCGACGCCCUCAUCUCCGUCACCAACGACGAGGACCUCGACCACAUGAUGCUCGAGUACGACCGCCUCCACCGCUCCGCCGCCAGGCCUACUGCCCGCCUCCGCGUCUUCCUCUUCUCCAUCAAACCCCCCACCCCCUCCGCCGCUCUUCUUGACCCCAAGCCCGACCGUCAGUGGUUCGUCGAUGCCCUCAACUCCGUACCCCCGCCCCUCGACACGGUCGCCUCUGCUCCGCCGCCACCCGCCACCGGGGGCAACGCCGCGUCGUCGAGUCCGGAUUUCCUCUUCGGCCUCGACGAGGGCUUCGUGCAGCCGCCGGCCGUCAAGGUCAAAGAUCCUUCCCUGGAGCAGCCCCCGGUUCUUGAAAACUUCCAGGUGGAGGUCUCGGUCGGGAAGGAGGAUCCGAGGCGUAUCGGAGGAGGCGGGGAGACGACGCCGGCGGAGAUCCAGAGGCAGAUCCAGGAUCUCCACCGCCUUCAGAUCGCGGAGAACCAGCAGCAGCAGCAGCAGGCGGCCAUCCAGCGGAACAGCGGCGAAGAUGCCCCAGCGAGGGUUUACCCCGCGGAGUACUACCUCCCGCGAGUUCAGGAGAAGGCCCCGCCGCCCGUGACGACGCAGGUGCCCGCGGCCGCGGCAGCGUACUGGCCGGAGCAGAGCAGCGUGGCAGCGGCCGGACGGUACGCCUCGGUCGCCGGCGGGGACCGGCCGCUUUACCUGAUCCCGUCGGCGUCGGGCGUCUACCCAGCAGCCGCGGCGGGGGGGCAGGGGCACUAUGUGGCGCCGGUGCCGAGGGUCGUGCCGGCGGACGUCUACCGCGAUGCGGCGGCGGUGUACGCGGUGCGGCAACCGGCUGCGGUCGCGGCGACGACGGUUGUGGGGCAGUACGUGGCGGAGGGCACGCGGGUUCCGGCGCAGGCGGUCGUGGACUCGGCCGGGUACAAGGUGGCGUAUGAUAGCGCGGGGCGGGCGGUUUACUAUACGGGCGCGGUGCCCACGUAUCAGACGGUCACGAGCGUGGCUCUUCCCGCGGAGGUGAAGGCGGUGAAGCCGUCGCCGGCUUCUUAGAGCGGGCCCGAGCCCGAGCCCGAGCCCGAGAGAUGAAUGAUCUUAUGAUCUCUACCUUCUUUUCCCCUUAUUUUUUCUACUGUGCUUAGAUUUUCACUGUUCUUUUGUUUUUGGUUUCUGGUGUGUUUGUUGGUUGUUGAUGUAAAUACUGCAUACAUAUGCACAAUAUGGAGAUUCUGCUGGAUGGAAAUAUGCUGUAGAUGAUGCUCUUUU